GAUCCGAGCAGCAGGGCGUGGAUUAGCUCCAUAAUAAAAAGUAGUGUUGGCACAUCGUCAUCCUCAUCACUGAGUCAGUCACCAUCUUGUGUUAUUUCACCACUGGAAAGAAAAGGAAAUGAUGGCUCGUUCCGGCAGCACUCAGCACUACACAGUUUACGAUCGCUGGAUCCGGACACAUGCAGUGAAAAAAGUCUUGCUGUACUAUCAUAUUUGCUUUUUCUUUCGCUUCACUUCAUUGAUUUACAUGCAUGCACACGCACAGCAGGUGGAACUUUUCUGGUAUGUGUGCACAAUGUAAGUAAGGAACAGCCGUACAUCAUACUUCGGGCGAGCAUCAACAGCACAGCGAGUGACAUCAUUAAACAGGUUUUCCUGAAACUGCGUCGCAUGGAUGCCAGUGUGUCAGAAUAUGUAUUGUUGGAAGAGACAGUGAAAGAUGUGAACAUAAGCAUACCCAAGUCGCAACAGCCCAGUCCGAGCCUGCAAGUGAGCAGCAAGGAUGUUGCGUUAUCUAGGAAGAAAAGCGCUGAAGGUUGGCUUAAUGUCUAA